UUUGUAAAAUUUAAUCUUAUCAUACAUCAAAUCAAAUACAAUCUGCUAGAUAGGUCUCGGUAUAUACGAUAGGAAACUUUAAUUGACGCUCUAGUCGUGAGUUCUUGAGUGUUAUAAAAAGUUUAUUCGGGGCUAUAAUAACACGUAUUUAUUAAGAAUUACUGUGUAAUGUAAAUUUGCACAAGGUGAAUAAAAAUAUGCCAUUAUUUCAAAAAUUAUUUUGCAUACCACAAAGAUGGGUUGUCGCCAUCAUGGCAUUUUUCGCAUUUUUCAAUGCUUACACUUUGCGAAUAUGCCUUUCGAUGGCUAUCACAAAGAUGGCUAAACCACUGAAUUAUACGGAAACAUCGCUUGCUGAGGCCUGUCCGCCUUACGACGAUGACCCUCUUACCAAUUUCACAUAUAAUACAACUACUAAAGUCAUAUACGAGGGAUCUUUUGAAUGGAGUGAAUAUACGCAGGGAAUCAUUCUUUCAUCUUUUUACUGGGGAUACAUAUUGACACAUUUGCCAGGUGGUUUGUUAGCUGAAAAGUUUGGUCCAAAGUAUACGAUAGGUUGCGGAGUGCUUUUCACAGCUAUUUUCACAAUUUUGACUCCAGUUACUACUGUCUGGGGCGAUGCAAAUGCUCUGAUAUUUUUGCGAUUUCUUAUGGGCCUUUGCGAGGGUGUCAUACAACCAGGAGUCAGCUGUCUGCUUUCAAAGUGGAUACCUUCGAAUGAAAGAACUUUAGCAACCUCUUUUGUUUUUUCGGGAAUUAGAUUCGGGAUACUAAUCUCAAGUGUCAUGUCUGGAUUGAUAAUGAGUAAUUCUGGCAAGAGCUGGCCAAAUAUAUUUUACUUGUUCGGUGGCGUUGGUAUUUUGUGGUUCGUCUUCUGGGUAUUUCUCUGCUACAACAGUCCGCGAGAACAUCCUCUCAUUAAAGAUGAGGAAGAAAGAUAUCUGAAUGAAUGUAUGUCAGAGCAUAUUCACGAAAAAGCACCACCUUUUCCAUGGAAAAGUGCACUGAAGUCUAAGGCAUUUCUAGCUAUAGUGAUCGCGCAAUCAGGAUCUGAUUUUAAUAGCUAUACAAUAAUGUCAGAUUUGCCCAAAUACAUGCAAAACGUAUUGAAGCUACCAAUACAUCUGAAUGGAUAUGCUUCGUCUGUACACAAUGUGAGUGCCUGGAUAUUUUGCAUGAUUAUGUCUUGGGUUUCCGAUUGGUCUAUUGAAAAAGGCUACGCAUCGAGAACCAACAUGCGAAAGUUGAAUACAUUCGUAGCAAGUAUAGGUCCAGCUAUUUUUUUGGUGAUGGCAAUGUAUGUUGGUUGCAAUGUUGCUUGGGCAAUAGCUCUCAUUGCAAUUGGAUUGACUUUCGCCGGGAGUUCGCAUCCUGGUUCUAAAGUCAACGUUCUUGAUUUGAGCCCUAAUUACUCGGGAACUUUGCUGGGCAUAUCAAAUGGAAUCGGAGCAUUCAUGGGUAUUCUUGCACCGUAUGCAGUGGGCGUUUUGGCGCCAAACCAAACACUCGACGAGUGGCGAUUAAUAUUUUGGAUUUCAGCCGUCAUAUACUUUUUUACAACAGUGAAUUAUUUGAUUUUUGCGAGUGGUGAUGUACAAGACUGGAAUGAUCCGAAGAGAUUGCAAGAGAAACGGAGCAGUGCUGAUGUCUUGGAAGAUGUCGAACGGCUAACUGUCAAUAAAACAAAAGUAUCAACGUUAAAAAAAACGUAUAUGUAAAGCGCCGCGUUAUCAAGUCUCCAAUUCCAUGUAUCGUUUUAUAUUUAAAGGAUAAUUAGUUUAUAAGAAUUUCACUUAGGGACGUCAUUGAUUGUAAAAAAAAUGUUAACGACCAGUAGUUAUGGAUCAUUAAGGGAAGUUUGAGUAUGAAUAGUAAUACUAGUUGUAGCAUCGUUUUACAUCAAUAAUAAAUUAAAUGCUUGACAAAUCUUACCUUUUAAUCAAAGAAAAUGUGAUACUUUUUAAAAUAGCAUUAUAAGUAUUCGUUAGCAAUGAGGUGAUAAUAGAGCAAAGAAUGUAGUGACAUUUAUAAUCAUUGUACCUAAUACAAAUUCAAAUUUAUGUAUCCUCAGACGUAUUUUUCUUUAU